UUGCUGUAGCUCUCUCUCGUUCCGCACACCCCUUGCCCCCCCUACGAGCAACGUAGGAAAUUUGUACGGCGUAGCCAUGGGUGGUGUUCAGCCCCUUAACAAGGUCAAUGUGGUCAAGAAGCGCACGAAGAAGUUUGCGCGGCAUCAGACCGACCGGUUUAUGCGGAUCAAAAACUCGAGCUGGAGGAAGCCGAAGGGUAUCGAUGGACGCGUCCGCAGGCGCUUCAAGGGAUGCCUGCCUAUGCCCAACGUCGGAUACGGAUCCGACAAGCGCACCCGGAACAUCCUCCCCAACGGGUUUUACAAGUUCCUCGUCCACAACGUGAAGGAGCUCGAGCUGCUCCUCAUGCACAACAGGAAGUACGCGGCGGAGAUCGCCCACAACGUCUCCUCGCGCAAGCGCAAGGAGAUCGUGGAGCGCGCGGGACAGCUCCACAUCCGCGUCACCAACGCCGGCGCCAAGCUCAGCGCCGAGGAGGACGCUUAAGCCUGCCUUUGUGACUUCGGGUGCUGUUACGCCCAUGGCUUCCGUAGAGUUUAGUUCUUAGUGCGAGACCGGUGUCUCUGCUGUUGUUUCGUGCGAGGGUGGAUCGACUCAACUCGAGCACAGAUUUUCAUCUUGUGUGAUGAAUUGAUGCAUGAAGAGCUUUUUUCUCUGGUGGCUUUAAGGGUGAACGCGGGAAGAGGGGGCACGGAUGAUUAUUUGUUUGUUAUUUCGUGGAUCCGUCUCUUUCCUGUGCCGGUGCUACGGGGGGCAUGGGGGGACAAGGACUAAUAUCGAGAGGUGUUUUUCCCAGUUUUUUUCGUGUCAGUCCAGCUUGCCAGAACGCCGAAUCACAUCUGUCGGGAGGUUGUUCCUCCAGGAUGCGCUUGUUAUCGCAAGCACAUCUGACCGGUGUCUGAACAUGAAUGUACCAUCGUUUUCGUUUUCUCCAUUCCCCACAAUGAGAACCGAACGCCUGGUAUAUCGAAC